AUGAGAGAAAAUAAUAAAAAACAACAAAAACCUCCAUAUUUUAAAAUAUUAACUGAUUGGACAAUUUGGUUAUUAUUUUUAGGAUUUUUUUGUGAUGAAAUUGCUUUUCAAUUUAUUUCAGAACUUGGUCCUUAUUAUUUAAAUAAAGUUCUGGGUAUAAGUAUUGCCGGUACUGGAUAUUUCUCGGCAAUUCCUUAUUUACUUUCUUUAAUAACAAAAUUAUUAAUUGGGCCAAUUAAUGAUAAAUUACUUUCGAAAAUAUUUAAUGAACAAUUUAGAACUAAAUUAUUUGCUGCUAUAUCUCAAUAUGGAAUUUGUAUUUCAAUGGCUGGUUUAGCUUUUAUUCCUCUUUUAAGUUCAUCACUUUGGUUAAUUUUACCUUUCUUUUCAAUUUUAAAUAUUUUUACUGGAUUUAAUUUUCUUGGAUUUUUUCGAUAUUCACAAAAAAUAUCUGCUAAACAUUCAGAAUUACUCAUUUCUUGGAUUAAUAUAGUAAUUAGUAUUGUCCCUCUAAUCCUCCCAGGAAUUGUUGCCGCCGCGGCGCCAAAUGAUACAAUUAAACAAUGGACAAAUAUAUUUUUAACAAUUUCAAUUCUUGUAUUUAUUUCAAUAACUAUUUUUAUGUUAUUUGCAAAAUCUAAACCAAGAAAAUGGGCUUUAGAAAUAAAUGAUAAUAAAAUAAUUGAAGAAAAAGAAAUUAUUAAACAAAAAGGAGAAGAGAAUAAUUAA